AUGGGUAGCAUGAAGAAUGUCGCGGUGGCUCUAAUCGCAAUGAUGCUGGUAGCGACAUCGUCGGCUGCCUAUGCCAUCGACGACGACUCGAUGGACCUCGUCUUCGACGGUCGAGACAUCAAUCAUGGAGUCCCAAGAAAGAUCAUGAAAUGGGGAGUGCUUAAUCAUGAAGAAAGGGUAUGUCCCAAAAUCCUCAUGGAAUGCAAAAAGGACUCUGAUUGCUUAGCUGAGUCUUCAUCUGAUUUCAAUGUUCUUGAUUAUGGAGCGGUUGGAAAUGGAAAAACCGAUGAUUCACAAGCUUUUUUGAAAGCAUGGAAAGACGUGUGUCGGGCAUCGACAGGCAUCCCAACAUUGCGUGUACCAAUUGGAAAAACUUACUUGUUGAAGCCUCUCAAAUUCGAGGGUCCUUGUAACCCUAAACGAGUACAUUUUGAGGUUAGAGGAACAAUAAUGGCUCCGAGCGUGGCUGCAUGGCGUAGCCAUAACGAAGAAAACUGGAUUCAAUUCUUGGACAUAGCGGGUCUCAAUAUCAAUGGAGCAGGUCAAUUCGAUGGCCAGAGUUCUUCUUGGUGGAAAGAUUGCCAUUCAAACUGCACACCUCCAACGGCAUUAUUUUUCCAAAAUUGCACCGGGCUCCAACUACGAGAAACUAAGCACAUCAAUAGUGUCAAAAAUCAUAUCUCCUUAAACGCUUGCAAUGAUGUCGUUAUCUCAAACGUUCACAUCAUUGCUCCCGAAAACAUCCCUAACACAUACGGAUUCAACAUUUCUAGAUCAAAUAAUGUUCUUAUUCAAAACUCCUUAAUCGAAACAGGUGACGAAUGUAUUUCUCUAUACAACGGUUCUUCUAAUAUCAAUAUCGUCGGUGUUACAUGUGGACCUGGUUACGGUAUAAGCAUUAGAAGCUUAGGAGAAGAUGGAGGAUAUAACGUAAUUGAAAACAUCAAUGUAAGCAAUUGCACCUUAAAGGGCACUCAAAAUGGAUUGAGAAUCAAGACUACAAAGGGUGGACAUGGAUAUGUAAGAAACGUCAUAUACGAAAAAAUAACGCUAAUUGAUACCCAAUUGCCGAUCGUUAUUGAUCAACAGUAUUCAACUCUUGCCAACACGAGAAAAAUUAAGGAAAUGGGUAUAAAAGUGAUGGACGUGACGUAUCGUGAAAUUCAUGGAAUAUCAACAAAUGAAACGACAGUCAUUUUGAAUUGUUCUCAGACUCGUUGUAGUAAUAUUGUAAUGGAAGACGUAAGCAUACAGAUGUCGGCUCCAGGAAAAGAAGUCAAAGCGUUUUGCCAAAAUGUUGAUGGAAGAGCAGUAUCUACCGUCCCGAUUGUGACUUGCUUAUCAAAAUCUAAUUAA